AUGGAUGUGCUCAGCCCGGGACAGGGCAACAACACCACCUUGUCAGAGGGUCCCCCCGGGACACGCGGCAACGCUACUGGCGUCUCCGACGUGACCUUCAGCUACCAAGUGAUCACCUCACUGCUGCUGGGCACGCUCAUUUUCUGCGCGGUGCUGGGCAAUGCGUGCGUGGUGGCCGCCAUCGCCCUGGAGCGCUCCCUGCAGAAUGUGGCCAACUAUCUCAUCGGCUCGCUGGCUGUCACCGACCUCAUGGUGUCGGUGCUGGUGCUGCCCAUGGCUGCGCUCUACCAGGUGCUCAACAAAUGGACACUGGGGCAGGUCACCUGUGACCUAUUCAUUGCCCUCGACGUGCUGUGCUGCACCUCGUCCAUCUUGCACCUGUGCGCCAUUGCACUGGACAGGUACUGGGCCAUCACCGACCCCAUCGACUAUGUGAACAAGAGGACGCCCCGGCGCGCCGCUGCGCUCAUCUCGCUCACUUGGCUCAUUGGCUUCCUUAUCUCCAUCCCGCCCAUGCUGGGUUGGCGCACCCCCGAAGACCGCUCGGACCCCGACGCGUGCACGAUUAGCAAGGACCACGGCUACACUAUCUACUCCACCUUUGGCGCUUUCUACAUCCCGCUGCUGCUCAUGCUGGUUCUCUACGGACGCAUCUUCCGAGCUGCGCGCUUCCGCAUCCGCAAAACAGUCAAGAAGGUGGAGAAGAAGGGAGCGGACACCCGCUUUGGGGUGUCGCCAGCCCCGCAGCCCAAGAAGAGCGUAAACGGCGAUCCGGGGAGCAGAGAAUGGAGGCAGGGUGUGGAGAAUAAGGCAGGGGGUGCUCUGUGCACCAACGGCGCGGUGAGGCAGGGUGACGAGGGCGCCGCCCUGGAGGUGAUUGAAGUGCACCGGGUGGGCAACUCCAAAGAGCACCUGCCGCUGCCCAGCGAGGCGGGUGCAAUCCCUUGCGCCCCCGCCUCCUUCGAGAAGAAGAAUGAGCGCAACGCGGAGGCCAAGCGCAAGAUGGCCCUGGCCCGAGAGAGGAAAACGGUGAAGACGCUGGGCAUCAUCAUGGGCACCUUCAUCCUCUGCUGGCUGCCCUUCUUCAUCGUGGCCCUGGUCCUGCCCUUCUGCGAGAGCAGCUGCCACAUGCCCACCCUGUUGGGCGCCAUAAUCAACUGGUUGGGCUACUCCAACUCUCUGCUCAACCCUGUCAUUUACGCCUACUUCAACAAAGACUUCCAAAACGCGUUUAAGAAGAUCAUCAAGUGCAAGUUCUGCCGCGGAUGA